AUUUGCCAAAGUGUCAUGAUGGCGUACCGAUGGCUAUCGUUAUUAGUGGUAGUCACUUUACUCCAGGGUGUAUUACUUCUAAGUCCUAUACCAGUACCUGAUAAACAAUGGGAGGAUUUUGAUGUACACCCUAUCCAAACAGCAGAAGAAGAAUGGGAACAAUAUAAUGAAUUGUUAAUAAACUCCGAUUAUAGACUUCCGAGAACAACGGUGCCGGAGCACUAUGUGCUUUCGUUGACGCCAUAUUUUGAACAUGAGGAUGAAAACCGCACCUUUACAUUCGAUGGAAAGGUCAAAAUCAAUAUUAAAGCAACUACGGAAGGUGUUAAUGAAUUAAUCAUGCACUGCAAUGAUCUCACUGUGAAAAGUGUUACUGUUCAAUACACAGAUGUUAAUAAUGAAAUUAAGCAGAUUGCCUCACCUAACCAGAGCUUGGAGUGCGAAAUGCCUUAUAGCUUCUUAAGGAUAUCCACAACAGAAGAUUUGCAACAACUUGUGACGUAUGAAGUAGAUAUGGAAUUCACUGGUCGUCUUCAAUCCAACAUGAGAGGUUUUUACCGGAGUUGGUACAUUGACAGUACUACUAAAAGAUGGAUGGCUACCACGCAAUUCCAGCCAGGUCAUGCGCGUCAAGCAUUCCCUUGCUAUGACGAACCUGGUUUCAAGGCAACUUUCGACAUCACCAUAAACAGAGAACCUGAAUUCAGCCCUACGAUUUCCAAUAUGCCUAUUAAAACUACUUCAUUAGACACAGAAACUGGUCGCGUCUCUGAAACUUUCUACACAACCCCACGGACUUCUACAUACCUUCUAGCGUUUAUAGUAUCCCAUUAUGCGGAAAUUGAAUCAAAACCUGGUGAAGAUCGGCCAUUUAGAAUCUACGCUAGAGAUAACGCAGGCAUAACAGGAAAGUGGGCUUUAGAUGUUGGAAUAGACCUGCUAAGAGAGAUGGAAGAGUACACGCAAAUACCCUAUUACACUAUGGCUGAAAAUAUGGAUAUGAAACAAGCUGCCAUACCUGACUUUUCAGCUGGUGCUAUGGAAAAUUGGGGACUCUUAACAUACAGAGAAGCUUUGAUUCUCUACGAUCCUGAAAACUCGAACCACUUUUAUAAGCAACGUGUUGCUAAUAUCAUAUCUCACGAAAUCGCCCAUAUGUGGUUUGGAAACCUAGUCACGUGCGCCUGGUGGGAUAAUUUGUGGCUAAAUGAAGGCUUUGCUAGAUUCUACCAAUAUUAUUUGACUGGCAAGGUGGCACCUGAAUUAGGUUACGGUACUCGAUUCAUAGUUGAGCAGUUUGAGCAAGCCAUGAGUGCUGAUUCCGUAGACACUGCUCACGCUCUAACAAAUCUGGCCGUUAGUGAUCCAACAACUGUCAGCGCCCAUUUUUCAUCUAUUACUUAUGCGAGAGGAGCAUGCAUAUUGAGAAUGACAGAGCACCUUCUAUCUUACGAAACUUUUGUUAAAGGCCUACGAAGAUAUUUACAAGAGAGGAAAUAUGAUGUAGCCGAACCUCAUCAUUUAUUCGAAGCACUUGAUGUCGCUGCUGAAGAAGAUGGUGCUCUGAAUAACUAUGGUGGUAUUACCAUUGAUCAAUACUUUAGGAGCUGGUCAGAGAAAGCAGGACAUCCAUUACUAACAGUUACUAUUGAUCAAGCUACCGGGGAAAUGAUAAUAAAACAGGCACGUUGGGAACGUACGUCGGGUCAGUCAAUUCAUCCUAGUCUAUGGAAUAUUCCUAUAACAUGGGCACGAGCCGGCGCUGCUGAUUUCGUAGACCUAAAGCCUUCCCAGUUCAUUACAGACGAAACUACAGUAAUUCAACGUGGUACCACAGGAAAUGAAUGGGUUGUUUUCAACAAGCAAGCGUCAGGUUUCUACAGAAUUAACUAUGACAGCAUCAACUGGGCUCUUAUCACACAAGCUUUGAGGUCGGAUGUUACAGUCAUUCAUGAAUACAACCGGGCACAGAUCAUAGAUGACUUGUUCAACUUCGGUAGAGCGGGUGUGUUGCCUUACGAUAGAGUGUUCAACACUAUGUCUUUCCUUGAGUUUGACGAUCAAUAUGCACCAUGGAUAAAUGCUAUUACUGGAUUUAAUUUCUUAAUUAGGAGGCUAGCUCAUGACACAUCCAACUUGAAUAAAUUACAGAACGUGAUUCUUCAAUUUAGUAAAGCUAUAACAGCGCGAUUAGGAUAUGUGGAAAUAGAUGAGGAACCUUUCAUGGAUGGCUUAUUGAGGAUGUAUGUCAUGCAAUUCCUUUGUAAUAUUGGAGAUCAGCAAUGUAUAAACACUGGCAAGGAAAGAUUCGCUGCGUGGAGGAGCGGAGCUGUCGCUAUUCCUGCAAAUAUGCGGCCAUGGGUUUACUGCGUCGGCCUUCGUGAAGGAAAUGCUGCCGAUUUCGACUUUUUCUGGGAUAAAUAUUUAAUUGAAGAUCUUGCUAGUGAACAAGUCGUUAUGCUUCAAGCAGCUGGAUGCACUUCUGAUCAAAAUAGUCUUGCAAAGUUCUUGAACGCUAUUGUCGAUGAAGAAGAAAUUGUUAGACCACAAGACCUCACUACUGCUUUCAAUUCAGCAGUGACCCGAAACGAAGUUAAUACGCUCAGAGUAUUUGAAUGGCUUAAGAAUAAUGUUGAAAAAACAGCAGCCAAAUUUGAAAGUAUCGCAACACCUCUCAGCUAUAUUACACCACGCCUUUUGACUACAGAUGACAUCGACCAGUUUGAGAAUUGGCUGCAAGAAAACCAAGAUAUAAUCGGUGCAACUGCUUAUCAGACCGGCAUUAGUGGUGUGUCAAACGUCAGAAAUUCUCUCAUCUGGUCAGAGCUACGUACUCCCGAAAUUGUUGAAUUCCUUGACAAUGGUUAUGAAGAAGUUGAUAUUCCCGAAGUAACUGAAGCUCCACCUAAUACAACUGAAGCAGCAGAGAUUACCACUGAGAUUCCAUCUACUAUGACUGAAGCAGCAGAGACUACCACUGAGAUUCCAUCUACUACGACUGAAGCAGCAGAGACUCCUACUGAAGCACCCACAGAGGAACCUACUGAAGCACCCACAGAGGAACCUACUGAAGCACCCACAGAGGAACCUACUGAAGCACCCACAGAGGAACCUACUGAAGCACCCACAGAGGAACCUACUGAAGCACCCACAGAGGAACCUACUGAAGCACCCACAGAGGAACCUACUACACCUGGUGAAGAUGGUGCGGCCACCGUUGUAUUAAGUUUUGCAGCCCUUACAGUUUCAAUAGUUAUCACAUUCUUCAACUGGAUUUGAUGUUAUAAAAUUUAAAGUUAAUAUUUUUAGUAUAUUAAACGAAUAAAUAUAAUUUUCUAUGG